AUGACCUUCGACAUCGCCGGCAACCUCCUGGAGCUUACCAGGCGCGCUGCCGAGGAACCCGAGCCUGGAGAGGACACCUCCAAAAAAGAAACAUACUCAUCAUGGGCGCUUUUUAUCCUCAUCGUGCUGCUGAUCGCUGCCUUCUUUGCAAGUUACUUUCUCUCGCUGAAGAAGGUGACAGCAGUACAUGAAACUGUCGUCUCCAUUUUUGCCGGAAUGGCAGUCGGCCUUGGAUUGCGUGUGUUUGCCGUCGAUGGGCUCCAGGACCUCGUCAGCUUCGACUACCAAAUCUUUUUCAACCUUCUCCUUCCGCCCAUCAUCCUCUCAUCCGGCUACGAACUACAUCAGGCCAACUUCUUCCGUCACAUAGGAACAAUUCUCACAUUCGCCUUUGCUGGAACGUUCCUCUCUGCAGUAGUCAUUGGUGUUAUACUAUGGCUUUACACGCGCGUACCCCUCGAGGGGCUCACCAUGAACUGGAUCGAUGCCAUAUCCGUUGGCGCAACUUUGUCGGCCACCGAUCCCGUCACCAUUAUAGCCAUCUUUAACUCGUACAAAGUGGACCCGAAGUUGUAUACCAUCAUCUUCGGAGAGGCCAUUCUCAAUGACGCUGUGGCCAUUGUCAUCUUCGAGUCGGCGCAAAAGUCGGCCAGGGGCUUGACCAAAGGCAGUGCUGCUGGAAUCUCUACCUUCUUUUGGGGUUUCUGGAUCUUCUUGAGGGAUUUCUUCGGCAGCUUGUUUAUCGGGGCACUUCUCGGCAUCCUCACCGCGCUCAUGCUCAAGUACACGUACCUUAGGAGGUUUCCCAAGCUGGAGAGCUGCUUGAUCGUGCUCAUUGCUUACGCCACCUACUACUUUUCCCAGGCCAUCCACAUGUCUGGAAUCGUCUCACUCCUGUUCUGCGGAAUCACGCUCAAACACUAUGCAUACUUCAACAUGUCCCGAAGAACUCAGCUUACGACCAAGUACAUGUUCCAGGUACUCGCACAACUGUCGGAGAACUUCAUCUUCAUUUACCUCGGUGUUUCCCUCUUUACCGACAAGGACCUCCAGUUCCAGCCCCUGCUGAUUAUUGUCACUGUCAUGGCGGUGUGCGCCGCUCGCUGGGUCGCCGUUUUCCCACUCUCAUGGGGCAUCAACUGGUUUCACAGGUACCGUGCAGAAAGGCGCGGCAUCAAGAACGUCCCCGAGGAACUGCCAUACAAGUACCAGGGUAUGCUGUUCUGGGCUGGGUUGCGUGGAGCGGUUGGUGUCGCCCUGGCCGCAUUGUUGACAGCUAAGGACCACCGUGCCUUCAAGGCCACCGUCCUGGUCGUGGUGGUUCUCACCGUCAUCAUCUUUGGCGGUACUACAGUCAACGUUCUUGAGAUACUCGAGAUUCGCACGGGAGUGACGGAUGAGAUUGACUCGGACGAUGAAUUUGACAUUGAGGCAGUUGGAGGAUACUACAAGCGACCCGGUAACGGAAUCGGUUACAGCCCGGCCGGGCGCAAUGGUGUUGUGCCCCUAGAUACACGUCCGAGCAGGAGACGUGACAGCAAUGGCGGCGCUGGUGGAAGAGACACGAGCGGCUGGAGCUCAGGACAUAGAUCUCCCUUGAGUGCGGCUCGACCUGGCAGUCUCAGCCGCACAGGGUCGAUUCGCGAGGACGCGGAAAGACUGGACCUCCUUGGGAAUCCGGGCGGUUCGACCGACUCGGAUGACAUUGGGAGCGACAUUGACACAUCGGACCUACCGCCACCGGCCCCUAGGAGACGAUCCAGCCCCAUGCCGCAUACGGGCGACGAGGACGCAGCUGGUUUGCCAGCGGAGGGGAGUAGGACAAGGUCGAACACAGAGACGGGUGGCUUGUCGGCCACGGCCGCCAUCCGUCAGCUGUUCAGCACCGAGGACCCAACGGCGCUGUUCAGGCAGCUGGACGAGGACUACAUUAAACCGAAGCUACUGCUCGAUGGCGGCGCCGGCCGGGGGAACGGUGGUGGCGCUGGCGGAUCGAGUUAA